AUGAAUGAUAUAUUAGCAGCGGCAAAUGUACCUAAUACCCGGGCAGAAGCGUUUAAACAUCUUUGGAAGAUGCUAGUAUCUUCGGGGGAAUCAUAUAAUCAUAAAUUACUAAUCCCACUUCUAGAGUCUCUUGAAAAGAAUAGAUGUGAUGAAAUCGAUUUUAAAUCAAUUUAUGAUCCCUGUGGAGAUGAUAUUGAAUUUCCUAUAAAUUUCAACCUGCAAAAAUUGAAAUGUGUUAAGGGGAGACCUGGAAUGCCAUACCCCGAAAGAGUUUUAUAUAGAUUAGCCGCUAAAAGGAUUCCGAAAUACCAGGGAAUAACUUUUGAUAACAAUCAAAUUAGAUGGAUUGCAUACUGGAAGAAUGACGCAGGUAAACAGACACAAAGACAUUUUCCAGUCUACAAAUUUGGGUUUUUAAAAGGGUUAGAAAUGGCAAUAGAUUUUAGAGAAAUGCAGAAUAAUAUAAUCAAUGUUUGCAACAAAGAGAAAGUGCCAAUUUCUAAAAUGAUUGAAUCAGAAAUACCAUCAAGCCUAGAAUUAAAUGAUAUAACCCCCAAACUAUACAGCACAUGUAGUAUAAGUGUGGAUAAGACAGCAGAAUUUAAAGCUAAAAAACAGAAACGGAGUAGGCAAAAUCAUUUGUAUAUUAACGAUAAUUAUGCUCAAUUUGCACAGUUUUACGUGAAAAAUUUAGAAGACAGAAUAUUUGACUUCAAAAACAUCCCUAAAUAUUCAUAUUUAGAAAAAUCAAAUCUACAUAAAACACAGUUUCCAAAUUAUCAAUAUUCAAGAGAUAUAAAUCCAAUGUAUCCAUUUGAAUUAACAAGUAAAUAUAUGGAAUAUGCAAGACAACACUGCCAGGAAAGCAUUAAAAUUCACGAUUGUGAAUUAUCCAGCUUUACAUCUACCAAAUUAAACAACUUAGAAUAUUGUUUUUGUAAUUGCAUAGCCAAUGGCGCUGUGUGUAGUGAAAACUUGUUGAAUUUUAUGAAAAACUAG